GUCUGUUUAUCCAUGUCGCGGCCUUGUCAAGACCUUGUCACCGCGUGGACCUGGUACUUUCUAAAAGAGAAGUUUUGUUUUUCUUAUACAGCACGAUGUACUUUCCUUCACUUUAUCCAGUAACACUCCUUCACUACGUUUGUGUGCUCUCACAUUUUCUUAUGCUGUUUCAUUUCUACCGUCAUUCCUUGCAUUCCUUCCUUCAAAUGCUUUCCUCAGAUAUAUCGAAUCCCAUUGUGUGUUGAGUCUUCUCACAUCUAGGAGCUCAGUUGAUAUAUUGUUGAUUGCUUACAACGUCCUCCCCAUCUCAUCUGAAGAAUCUCACUCGAUAUAAGGUCCACCCCUCUUAUGAUGCCUGUCCCGAUCAUAACAAUUUGCGAAAUUCACUGUCACUCAUUGAAUCAAUCGUGAUUUGUUGACCCGGCUUUUCACCUUUGGCUUUGUUUACAUUGUCCAUAAGCUCAUUUUUUCACCACCACGAUACAUCACGAACACCACCAACGUACUUGCGAAUCGAAUUUACUUCAACGAUACCUAUGUCAAGAGCUUACAGUACUACCCUUCAAUCCAGGAAAUCGAGAUAUUUGCGAGAAUUUGAGGCUUGACUCAAUUGAGCUCUCCGAGUCACGAUCUAGAGAUCUGGUUUCCAGAACCAUAUAAAUUAUAUAGGGAGCUUGGCAAUUCUCUACAAUGUCAAUAAAUGUGGGAAAUGGUGCUAUGGGAGAGAGCAUUGGCAAUGAUGAAUCGUCAUCAUCGUCCAUUGCGCCCAGUCGUCGCGUUCGUCCGCCACCAAUAAAUACAAGCAACUCAGAGGAAGGCAGAGUUCCCUUGAGCGGUCGAAAAGUCCUACGCAAGGAGUCGAAAGGUGGUCUUCGAGGAAUUUUCACUCGCAAUAAAUCAGAAAAGAGCGUGGUAUCGCCAGUGUCUGAACGACACACACCAGCUCCAUCAAUCACAUCACCAACGCCACUUUCACCAAAGCUAAUGAGUCCAAUAACAAGUCCUGUGGGAGAUGGGUUUUUCCGAAAGUUUGGUACGGGCAAUGCAACUGAAUCAUCGUCUCCAACUACACCAGCAACACCAGGGAGAGCCACUAGGACCCCAUCUCGUCUGAAUCUUAGAUCCAAAUCGAUCAUGGACGGCAAAACUUCCGCCAAACCUGCAUCAAAACCUACCCAAAAAACCUCGGUAUUUGACCCACCGCCAUUAUUCCAAAGUUAUCCUCAAUCUGUAAAGCACGCUCGUCUUUCCGCUUUAACCUUAUCAGCCGAUGCCAUUAUUCGCAUGUCUAAUCACAAAAGGAAUACCAGCCUACGAGAUGAAAUAGCACAAACAACAGAAAUCGGGCCAGAUGGGAAGAACAUAAUAAUCAAACAUAAAAGGCAAAGGUCAGGUUCAAUAUCCAAAGGUGAAUGGACUCAAAAGAUUUUUGUCUUGGUGACUUCCGGUUAUCUUCUACAAUAUCCAGGCGAAGGAAAUUUCGAUCGAUUACCAGAAAAGAUGAUUCAAUUGGGCAAGGAGUCUGUAGCUUUUGCAUCAGACGUAAUUCCAGGAAAACAUUGGGUACUACAAGUAUCUCAAUCAAUGAGUGCAGAUGGAGUUCCAACAUCAGACUCGAGGUCUUUAUUAUCAAGACUUGCAUUCAGAAGUGCAGAUUACCGGAGAAAUGCUACUAGCCUUCUGCUGGUCUUAGACAGCGCCGAAGAAAUGGAUGCUUGGAUUGCUGUGUUGAGGAAAGAAAUUGAAACACUUGGAGGCAAAAAGCAGAUUACGGAAAUCGGAACUGUGAAGACAGAAGAGAACCCACCAGAAUUGAAGAGUCAACCAAGUCAUCGAUAUCUUGCCCAAAGAAGAGGCUCGGAUCAAAUUUCUAUCCCAUGCUCGCCACCUCAAGCUUCUGGUGAUCGCCGCCCCUCGUGGCAGCAACCAGAAGGGCAAAAUAUAGAAUUGGCUUUACCAUGGUCAACUCCGCGUGAACGUCGUCCCUCUUGGCAGCCAGAAGAACAGAAUAUCGAGGAGAUAUCCUUACCUGAACCCCUUCCACGUUGGUCACUACACGAAGCCCAAAGUGAAGCAGCUAACAGACCAAUGACCGGAUGCGCAUCAGUUACGAAUAGUUCUAGUUCAUAUGAACAAAAUUUGGAGGGGUUUCGGGAUAGUUUCAAUAGAUUAUCAUAUUGCUCAUCCGAUCAACGAACCUACAUUUCGUCUCCAGCAACAUCACCCACCAGAGAUAGUACUUCUACCAUGGAGGAUCUAUCUCCUUUGUGCUUGGAUGCAGUACGAGCAAGGCCAAACGCUGCAGAGAUCGUUGAACGUAGAAGAUCAUUACAAGCGCUUCAAGUGGUACGGGAUCCUGUAUCUCAAGUAUCGUCUCACCUUCAAACUCCUCAAAAAUCCUUACGACAAUCAAGUUACGGUGUGUCUUCCCGAACUAUGAGAAGCCCAUCACCUGCAACACCAAAUUUUAGUGUACCUGUCUCUUCGAGUAAGAGAUAUUCAACUAGGAGUCCCGUUGCGGAAAGACGACCGUCGCUUCCUGCAAUGAAUCUAACCAUGGAGACUCAAAAGAGACCCAAAAAGGGACCUCCAACGGCACUUUCCGUGGCUAGACCGUUAUCUCCUGUUAUGGAUACAACAUCACCGAAACGAGUUCCAAUACCUGCUGCCUCUACAGAAACUUCACAGCGGCGUUUCCAACGAAAUAGAUCAUCGACUGUGGAUACUAAUUCACGCUCUCUAGCAAGAUCUCCAAUUGGAAAGCUAUCAAGUAAAGAAUUAAGGUCCGCUCGACGUGUCUCUAGUUUUACACCAUCAAAUAAUGCAUUAGAAGUUCGCGACCUAGAUUUACGACGACAUUCUAGUAUGCAGGCAGUUCGUCAAACUACACCGCCGCCUAUGGAAUCCAAUGGAUCAUGUGUAUUCAAAUUUCCCGAACCACUUUCCCCAAAAGCUACUCAAGAUAAACCCUUUGAGAACAUCUGGAAGAAUGAUAAAGAGUCAUUACCAACCCUUAGAGAAUCUCUAUUUCCGGCUCAACCCCUAGCAACACUUCCAGAAAUUCCUGUCAAGCAAAGUCUACAGCGUCGUCCAAGAAGUAUGCUUGCUUCCUCAGGCCAUCAACCACCAAUCGCUGAAGAACCAUCAAAUACUCCACGUCGAAAGCGACAUUCUUCAUCUUUCGCUCCUACGACUCACUCUUCCACCCUCAAUCACAAAUCAAGUUAUUCCCCUGGUUUGGUUUCACCAGGAGGUGGAUCCAGAAGGUCUAUUUCAAAUAGAAGAAGCUUGCCAGCUCUUAUGCAUGGUGCUCCUCCAGCUCCUCCUCCAGAUUGUGCUUUACCUCCUUUGCCCCCUGGAAGUGCUAUAAGUACCAUUGGAAGAACCCGGGGAGCCUCUUUUGUGAAUUCGAGAAGGGAAAUUGGAGUGAAGGUUUAGGCCCUCACUUUCCUGACGAAUUCUCAAUCGUAAAUGAGAAUUUUCAUUCUUACUACGGCGUUCAUGAUACCAAUUUUCUUCUUUCUAGCACUGUACAUCUAAAUCUUUUCUUUUGUUUAAACCAUUUCAUUUUCCUCUUUUAUCCUUUUCCCCUUGUAUUCUAUUUCAAACAUAAUGUUCACAUUCACGAAAUAAGCACGACGCAGCACGGCAGGCGGUUUUUGCGUCUUUUUCAUUCUUGAUAACCAUUACAUACAUUCUUCAUGACUUAAUAUUUAGAAAGAGACUUUCACAUACGAAACGAAGGCGAGGAUUUUUACGCCAUGUACUUUUAUGUAUUUUAGGCUUGGACUAGUAAGAAAGAGGUUGGGUGGUUUGGACGAAUAGGCAAUUAUGGGGUUAAUAAUCCAUUUCAAUCUUGAUGGUUGAAAUGGUUAUACAAAUGUGUCGAGGAGAAAGAGUGCUGUGGGGCGAGAUAAUUCAAUUUGUAUGAAGAUGAGGUUGAAAAUUGAAUUGGUAGGAGAGGCUCAUGAAAUUUUGGUCAUGUAUUAUGAAUUGAGAUGAGAUGAAAUAGUAUACAAUAAAGAUACCAAAAUUUACACA